CCCUGCGUGCGUGCGCAGCGCCGGCUUCUGGGAGCCCCGCGGGCCUAGAGGGCUGGAUGCUGCGUGUUUCCGGUGGCGGCGGUUCCUGGUCCCUGAUCCCUGCUGGCGGUCCUGGGCGAAUGGAGAGACACUAACUCUAAGGGGAGACGAAGACUUGCAGUGAACCACCACGGUUCUCAAAGUGGGAUCCCGGGAAUGGAGGAAAGUGCGAUGUUUGCUAACGUCAAAACUAUUUUCCUAGCCCUCACUGGUUUGGUUCAGUGGCAGUGGUUCGCAACCUGCUGGCCCUUUAAAUACAGUUCCUCAUGUUGUGACCCAACCAUAAAAUUAUUUUCGUUGCUACUUCAUAACUGUAAUGUUGUUACUGUUGUGAGUCAUAAUGUAAAUAUCUGAUAUGCAGGAUGGUCUUAGGCGACCCCUGUGAAAGGGUCGUUGGAUCGCCAAAGGGGUCGCGACCCACAGGUUGAGAACCGCUGGAUAGGGCAUUGGUUGGGUUCCGGUCAAGGGCACAUGCAGGGGUUGCGGGCUUGAUCCCCAGUGGGGGUCUGGAGGAGGCAGCUGAUCAAUAAUUCUCUCUCAUCAAUAAUUCUCUCUCACAAAAAAAGACACUAUUUUUCCAAAAGUAGCUGUUAUUUACCUUUUCUACUCUCAUUUGCUCACUAAGGUAGUUUUUUCCCGUGAUCACAUGACGUGUGGUGACGCCAUGGCAAUAGUGACCAGUGGAAUGUUACUAGAUUUCGAGUGGCGGUCACAGGGUAUAUAAAUGUCGAAUCACUGUGUUGUAUACCUCAAACCAAUAUAAUACUGUAUACCGACUAUUUUAAUAAAAAUAAAAUGUUGAAGCUCUUUGGGGUCCUCAGUAAUUUGUAAGAGUGUAAAGAGGCGUUUAAGACUAAAAGUCAAACGCUCUGGCAUAUGAUGUGAAGGAAAUCCAGUCAUAAGUAUUAACACAAGAUAGGAAUAGACACCUUUCAAAAAAGGAAGUUUCGGUUAUGCAAGAUGAGUAGUAAGAGAUCUAUAUACCAUAGUGCUUACAGUUAAGAGUACUAUAUUGUAUAAUUACAAUUUUGCUAACGGUAGAUCUUACGUGUUCCUACCAAAAAAAUAAUAGAGAAGGUGGGAGGGAACUUGAAGGUGAUAGGCGCACUAGUGGCACUGACGGAGUAGACUUACCUCCAGAGUCAUCACAUUGUAUACAUGAAGUAUGUACAACUUUUAUGUUUCAAGAAAUUUAAAGUAAAAUAAGGGAAAGAGAAAUUACCUUUCUCAAAAAUAAGAAAAUUGUGGCCCUGGCCUGGUAGCUCAGUUGAUUAGAAUAUUGUCCCUGUAUGCUAAGGUUGCAGGUUCCAUCUCUGGUCAGGGCACACACAUACAAGAAGCAACCAAUGAUGCCCUAACCGGUUUGGCUCAGUGAAUAGAGUGUCAGCCUUCGGACUCAAGGGUCCCAGGUUCGAUCCCGGUCAAGGGCAUGUACCUUGGUUGCGGGCACAUCCCCAGUAGGGAGUGUGCAGGAGGCGGCUGAUCGAUGUUUCUAACUCUAUCCCUCUCCCUGCCUCUCUGUAAAAGAUCAAUAAAAUAUAUAUAUUUUUAAAAAGGUAAUGAAUUAAAACUUCCCGCAAAUUCUCUUUAAAAAAAAAAAAAAGCAACCAAUGAAUGCAUAAAUAAGUGGAACAACAAGUUGAUAUUUCUCUCUUUGCCUUCCUCUCUCUCUAAAAAUCAAUAAAUUUAAAAAUGAGAAUAUUGCUUUUUGGAAACCAAUUUGAGGGAUAUAUGCAAGGAUGUAUAGACAAAAUUACAAAAGCAGUAAUGGAAGAUAUUAAAAUCAAAGUAAGUACUUUGGACUACUGAGCUAGAAAAGCAUAGGAAACACUCUAAUCACAUAGUCCCAAGACAAUCACUUACAGAACUUAAUACAUUAACUAAAAAAUACAUCAAAGAUGCAAGUGGGGAAGACCAGUAAAUAGUGUCUUCAAGUACCAAGUGUGAAAACAUGAAAGGGUCAGUUAUUACAGUACAUAUCUUAAAUUACCAAUGGAACAAAACAGAUUGAAAUUAUACAAUAAUGCCUUAUGAAUACAGUAAUGCCUUAUUACCAAAUAUGGUAAAACAAUGACACUAGAUUAAAGCCUUUUUUAUUUAAAAAAAGUUUUUACUUUUUAAUGUUUUCUUUUCACUCACUACCUAAAAAUUACUAGGAGACGCUAAAGUAAUGAAAGUUUAGCACCUCCGAAGACUAUUCGAAGUGAACUUUACUGGAUUCACAUAGAUCCAGGAGUUCUGACAUCGUCUUGGGACCACAGUGGGAGAGCUGUCUGAGAAGGGAACCAAGAGGAGCCACUGAGGCCAGCAAAAUAUAAAGGUGCCUCCACACUGGACCAUUUGGUGCUACGAGCUAAUAAAUUCCCUGCUUGGCUUCAACCAGUUUGGGUUUGGUUUUUGGUCACUGGCAACACAAAGGGUCCUCACCAGCACCCCAGUGAACACAACUUGAGCCAGCUCCGUUUUGAUGAUCUCUGCCCUAAUCACCAUCUUCCCACCCGUAUUUUCAAUUCCGUGUAAGGCAAGUCAAUGUAGCAACAACUGUGAUAGAAUUCAGUAGACUUCGGCAGGGGAGGGGGAAAGACAGUUCCCAAUAUUUGUGUAUUUUAGCCUAAAAUUCGAUUUCUUGGUUUACGUCAUACUUCUCUUUUUUAUGUAUAUCUUUUCAGAGGAAAUUCGAUCAUCAGUGUUUAAGAAAUGCAAAUGUGGGGCAGUGAUGUAUCAACCCAGAGACUUUCUUUUAUACUAGAAAAUGUUUUUGAAGGGGGAAAAACAGGGAUUUUUAUUAAAAGAUAAAAGUAAACUUGUUUUUUUAAGACACAAGGCAUUGGAAACAUUGGUUUCACAACAUGCCAUUAUUAGACAGUCUCUAUCUGAUUGUUGGAAAUUAUUCAUUUCCUCAAAGAGAGAGAAUAAAUUGGUUGGGGAUACAAUCUUGUACAAUGCACUUUCUUUGCCAAAGGCAAUCGCUGAACAUUUCAGAGCCAUCAGAAUGCUUCUGCUUUUGACUUUCCUGGUUCUCGGAGCUGCCGACGUUGGUGCCAUUGCCUUAGAAAGUCCCUUGAAGAGACUGGUGGCAGAGACCUUGACCCUGCUCUCCACUCAUCGGACUCUGCUGAUAGGCGAAGGGAACCUGAUGAUUCCUACUCCAGGACAUACAAAUCACCAACUAUGCAUUGAAGAAGUCUUUCAGGGGGUAGACACAUUGAGGAAUCAAACUGCAGAAGGGGAUGCCGUGGAAAAACUCUUCCAGAACUUGUCUUCAAUAAAAGACUACAUAGAUGGCGAAAAAAAAAAGUGUGAAGGGGAGCGAUUGAGAGUAAAAAAGUUCCUAGACUACCUGCAAGUAUUUCUUGGCGUGAUAAACACUGAGUGGACAAUGGAAAGUUGAGACUCAACUGGCUUGUUGUAGCGAUAAAGGAUGUUUUAUUGCCACGAGAAUGAGGGCCAAUCAAGGGCAGGGCCUUCCUCUUCAGUUUAAUUAAGCUUCUGAGGCAAAGUAGCAGCAUUUCAGGCAUACUGCUGCUUCACUACCUCAUCUAGGCAGAAAGCAUCAAAGCAAAAUAUUCUAGGUAUAUUCCAGAUACAGGAAUCAGGGAAGUAUUUUCCUCCAGUUCGCUCCAAACAAAAUGGAUGUAUACUUUUUAUCUUAUUUAAUGCAACAUUCUGUAAAAUGUCUGUUAACUUAAUAUUAUUUAUGAAAUGGUUAGGAAUUUGGAAAGUUACUAUUUAUUUCAUGUCAAGCUAUGUUCCAAUAAAACAAAAAUAGACAACUCCGGUUCAA